CUUGUGUUUGUCUGUCAGCUUCUUCUUCCACCCUCACAGGCUGUGGACACCCUGGUGUCUGUGUGGGAGACACAGCAUUAGCCCCACUGGGAAACAACAAGCCUCUGCUCCUCUUCUGACCGGGACGAAAACAUGACAGACACAUCCACCAACAUGCGGCUGAAGCUGCCGGUUGCCUGCUUCAUCCUGGAGAUCAUUCUCAUCAUCCUCUUUGGUGUGUUCGUGGAGUACGACUACGACACAUCUGCAAAGCUGUUUAAUGGGAACACGGGCAACCACGGACACGGUACCGGACACGCUACCGGACAUGAUGCUGGGACUUCUCAGAACACAAGUCACAAAAGUGACAGAAACGACUAUGAGAACGACUUCUACUACCGCUAUCCAAGUUUCCAGGAUGUGCAUGUAAUGAUUUUCAUCGGGUUCGGUUUCCUCAUGACCUUCCUUCAGCGCUACGGCUUCAGCAGCGUGGGCUUCAACUUCCUGGUCGCAGCUUUCUCCCUGCAGUGGGCAACUCUCAUGCAGGGCUUCCUCCACGGCCUGCAUGACGGGAAGAUUGCCAUUGGGGUGGAAAGUAUGAUCAAUGCUGACUUCUGCACCGGCUCUGUGCUCAUCUCAUUCGGAGCAGUUUUGGGUAAAACCAGCCCCCUCCAGCUGCUGAUUAUGGCCAUUUUCGAGGUCACACUGUUUUCUGUCAAUGAGUACAUCUUGCUCGGCCUUCUAGGAACUAGAGAUGCUGGAGGCUCCAUGACCAUCCACACAUUCGGGGCAUACUUUGGCCUGAUGGUGACGCGAAUCUUGUACCGGCCCAACCUUAACAAGAGCAAACACAAGAACUCGUCAGUCUACCACUCAGACAUGUUCGCCAUGAUAGGUACCAUCUACCUGUGGAUGUUCUGGCCCAGCUUCAACUCUGCUAUCACAGAACAUGGAGACCCCCAACACAGGACAGCCAUGAACACCUACUACUCCCUGGCAGCCUGCACCAUGUCAACAUACGCCAUGUCUGCCCUCGUAGCUCAUGACGGAAAGCUGGACAUGGUGCACAUUCAAAAUGCCGCCCUGGCCGGGGGAGUCGCAGCAGGAACAGCCGGUGAAAUGAUGCUCACGCCGUUCGGCUCCAUGAUUGUUGGGUUUUUGGCGGGAAUCAUCUCUGUCCUCGGCUUUAAGUACCUCUCGCCCAUCCUGGAGGAGAAGCUGAAGAUCCAAGACACCUGCGGGGUUCACAAUCUGCACGGCAUGCCCGGCAUCCUAGGAGCUAUCGUGGGGGCGGUCACCGCUGUCGCCAUCCCAAAGGAAGUUUAUGGAAACGGUUUGGAAAAGGUUUUCCCUGAUGUUGCAAGUGGAGAAAGGGAUACAUCUUAUCAGGCCGGCAUGCAAGCGGUUUCCCUCGCAGUCACCCUGAGCUUUGCCAUUAUUGGAGGAGUUAUUGUUGGUUUCAUUUUGAAGGUGCCAAUUUUAGGCGCUCCUCCUGAUACCGCCUGCUUUGAGGACAGCAUCUACUGGGAGGUGCCUGGGGAAGAGCAUCAUCAUCAAGAGCUCACUGCUGUGAGGACAGAAGAAUCUGAUAAACUCAACGAUUAGAGGAACAGAGACACUGAAACGGAGACACAGACCCAAUCUGAGGUUUUGACAGCACUUGAAAGCCUACAGGCUCACUAUAUUCACGCCAGCUGCCAAGCUGUUUGUACGUUUGAAACAUGAUAUGUAUAUAUUUUUCAAUCAGGACUAAAACAGAGCAGAAAAAGAACAGGAAAAAACAUUCAAGAUAAUGACCACCAGAGGUCAGCCUAGAGCUGUAUCUGUGAUUAUAAAGGACGCUUCAAUUUAUUCAAAACUGCUUCGUUGUUUUCUGACAGGGAUGUGAGACAGAAUAAAGUUGUUUUAAAGCCAGUUCAAACCAAAGACAAGUGGCUAAAACCACAUAUGUCAAAUGCCUUAAGUCAGAAUUUUAAAAGGAAAUGUUUUUGAGUUACCCAGCAUGUUGUUUUAAUCAGAUAAGUGACGUCACGCUGUGAGGUCAUGAUGUUUUACUGUAUAUUACACUUGAUUACAUUAGGUUUAGGAUUUUCUACAGUUUUGUCUCUCAUGUUAAACCAUUACAACCGAAAUGUGAGUCUUACUGUUACUUAUGUAAACUUUGUUUUUCAUAUGAUGACAUAAUAAAUUUGUUUUUCUCCAAAUUGACCCGAAACAAAGAGGAUACUAGAUGUUAGUGACAUUGACUGUGUUUGUAAGAACAGACAAACUUUUAUUUUGGGCUAAAAAUAAACUUUUUAAAGUGUU